CACACACACAGAUGCUCUUAUGGCCAGAGAGAGAGAGAGAGAUGCGCAUCAGUGCAGAGUGCGGAUGGGAGCAGUACCAUGCUGAGGACGGAGAGUUCACACACAGAGGCGGAUUCCUCAUCUAACCCGCAUCAUGCCUUACAUUACCAACCUGCUCUUUCUUAUUUUCUGUCUCAUUCUGGUUACUGAAUGCGGGAAGCAGAAGAGCAGGAAACGCAGGUGGUCUGCAAACCUGGAAACUCAUAAACACGGACCCCCGCUGUCCAAAAAGGUGGUCGAUGGAACCAAGACGAGAAAAGUGAAAACAAACCAUUUGCUGCGGGUGGAAGAUCACGAUUUUACCAUGAGGCCAGCAUUUGCAGGUCCAGCAGUUCCUGUGGGUGUUGAUGUGCAGGUGGAGAGCUUGGACAGCAUCUCAGAAGUGGACAUGGACUUCACUAUGACCCUAUACCUGAGGCAUUACUGGAAAGACGAGCGGCUGUCCUUUCCUAGCACCACCAAUAAGAGCAUGACUUUCGAUGGCCGUUUGGUGAAAAAGAUCUGGGUUCCGGAUGUGUUUUUCGUCCACUCCAAACGCUCCUUCAUCCAUGACACCACCACAGACAACAUCAUGCUCAGGGUCUAUCCAGAUGGACACGUGUUGUACAGCCUCAGGGUGACAGUAACUGCAGCAUGUAACAUGGACUUCAGUCGCUUCCCUCUUGACACACAAACCUGCACCUUAGAGUUGGAAAGUUAUGCCUACACAGAUGAGGAUCUCAUGCUCUACUGGAAGAGUGGAGAUGAAUCCCUCAGCAUAGAUGACAAGAUUUCGCUCUCUCAGUUCCUCAUUCAGAAGUUCCACACCACCUCCAGACUGGCCUUCUACAGUAGUACAGGUUGGUACAACCGUCUGUACAUCAACUUCACCCUGAGACGUCACAUUUUCUUCUUCCUGCUGCAGACCUACUUUCCCGCUACGCUAAUGGUCAUGCUGUCCUGGGUGUCCUUCUGGAUCGACCGGCGCGCUGUCCCUGCCAGAGUGUCCUUAGGGAUCACUACGGUGCUCACCAUGUCCACCAUCAUCACGGGCGUAAACGCAUCCAUGCCUCGAGUGUCCUACAUCAAAGCAGUAGACAUCUACCUGUGGGUCAGCUUCGUCUUCGUCUUCCUUUCUGUCCUGGAGUAUGCAGCCGUUAACUAUUUGACUACCGUAAAAGAUGGGAAAGAACGCAAAUUCAGGGAAAAGGCCAGACAUCAGCAGCAGUCUUUGCCGUGUACGUGUGGCCUACCUCACGGCAAGAGCAUGAUGGUGGACGGGACGUACAACGAGGCAGACAGCAACAGCCUGGCCGGUUACAGCCGUGCUCCCAACGGUCCCGAGGAUCUGAACGAUAAACAUGAGCGCAUGGUGGUACACCUCGCUGUUGACAGCGAGUCCACAGGCACCAAGAAGAAAGGCCUCCGUGGUUUCCGCAUCAUCCACAGCACUCAUGCCAUCGAUACAUACUCGCGCAUGAUCUUUCCUGGAGCCUACAUCUUUUUCAACCUCAUCUACUGGUCUGUCUACUGGUGAAUCCUGACAGAGUACAGAGUUUGAACAUCAAACCAUUAACACGUUAACGGAGUCUCGGGACAAUUAGUCGGCUUUUAAAUGUAAAUGAAUGAAACAAGUAGUCAACUGGCAAGAACAGCCAAAACCACAGCAAGACUUUUCAGUCUAUUCAGUCUGAAAGCUCAAAUAACUGGAUGCCCUUUGUAUAAGGGAGGAGCGAUCUAAUAUAUAGAGGAACCUUUUUAAACUCUUGAUGCAACAAUAGGACGUGUCACUGCUCAGACGGCGCACGCUACACCAUAAAAUCUGAUCGACUUUCAAACAGCUCAGAUUCUUCUUUCUUUCCAUUUUUGGAUAAAUGGCUAACGGUGACGGAAAUCACCUUGAUGUUCUUUAUUUUCUUCAACACCUUCCUCUCACAGACUUUACGCCACUCUCAUAGCUGAGCUGUCAAUAUCCAGACUGUGAACUGUGAACUUUCUGCUUUCUAUUCUAUAGAAAAGCACUGGUUUCACAACUAGCCAACAUCCCGUCCUUUAAGUGGGGAACACUGUAUUUACCUCCAUUCCACAAUACCAGCAUCUAAACGUAUAAAGUGAGGCAGGGUCACAGAUGGUUAUGGCACAGGAUGUUACUGAUAUAGCUAGAGUUUCAUCAGCUCUCCUAUUUACAGUGCACAUUUUCAAAGAGAGUGUAAUACAACAUGCUGUUACGGGAAAAUAGCCAACAAAUGGGGUGAGGUAACUCAAACUAAACUGCAUAUCAAAAGUAAUUAUGAAAAAUAAAACCUCUGGAAGCUUAGAGGAAAUACAGCAAAGUGAGAAACAUCAAUCAUUGCAACAAACAACGAUCAAUUCUUGCGAUUUUUUAAUCGGCCAAUCACUGAGUCAGCAGUGCAAUUAAAAACUUUGUUUCUUAAGGUUUGUGUUUUUCAGGAACUGUUCAUCAAUUGGGAUUUUCACACAGAGCAGUCUAUAACUGACUCAAAAUGGUGCGAAAAACAAAAAACAUCCUGGAAAUACCACACCUGAUAGAUGAGAAAAGUCAAAGGAGGUCAGCCAUACUGGUUCAGGUUGUUAUAAGGAUUUUGUCUUGGAACUGUCUCCGCCGCUUAUCGCUAGACAUUUGGCUGCAAAUUGGACCUUAUGUAACAAUUUCUUAUCAUUAUCAUAUGAUUUUUUUUAAAAUAAUUUAUUAUGCAUCUAUUGAGCUGAUUCUAACCAGUGCACCUUAAGGUUUGAGACAUGUUGCAAAAAGUUAUGUAUUUUUUUUAGCCUGUUGCCCGGGUUACAAGAAACUCAUGCGGGUGGCAUUUUACUUGAAGAAUACGUUUCUUUAUUUCUUUCUUUCUUUUUUCUUUUUCUUUUUUUUUUUUCUUACUUCAUUAAGCCUUCUGAAGCAUGCCUCUCUAUUUGCGAGAUUCUUUUAGAGGAGUUUGUUAUUGCAGUGAAUUAAGGUCAUGCUUCUCAAAGUGGAGAUUGUGAGGCAUCAGAUCUGCGAUUGAUUGAUUGAUUUAUUUAUUUAUUUAUUUAUUUAUUUAUUUAUUUAUUUAUUUAUUUAUUUAUUUAUUUUUAUGUUUUAGUUAUAGUGGUAGAAACUUCUACACAGUAUUAUCAAAGUUAUUCCACUGAGUUUUAAUAGAUGGUUCACUUGAAUUGAAUGGCUUUAAGCCAAUUCAUAAUAACUCACAAUCAAGGAAGCCUAUAAAAAAUGUCUCGGCCCUUUUAUGUUCUGAUAAGUGAAUUUUUUUUUUUUUAAUCUUGAUGAUUGUAAUAAGUAGCCACAAUUCUAUUGCGCUACAUAAUAAGCUAAAUGUUUGAAUAGAUUGAUUCUGCUUAGGGCCGAGUUAAAGUACCCCUUGAAUCUAGUGCAUGAGUGAGUUUUUGAUGAUGUGUAGGUUGUUAGUUCAAUUAAAUUGAAACAAAUUUGUACAGGAAAGCAUGGUGUGAAGGGAUGUAUUUGUUUGUUUUUUUCAUAUUCAUUUUUUUUCUCACAAUAUGGCAAUACAUCAACCUCUACAUGAUCUGUGUUCAUUAUAAUGCACUAUAUACACUGUAUUAUUUUUUCCUUAGUCAUUCAUUUUCUUUGCACAUACAUGUACCUAGAGGACAUAGUGGCUUAGUGGUUAGUGUGUUUGCCUCGCAAUUUUGGGGUCGGGUGUUUGAAUUUUCUCCCGGUGCUUCAGGGCUUCCUCCGGGUUCUCUGGUUUCCUCCACCAGUGCAAAGACAUGCAUUGUAGGCUGAUUGGCAUCUCUGAAUUGUCCAUAGUGUCUGAGUGUGUGUGCAUGAUUGUCACUUACCCAGGGUGCCCUCUCAGAUAGACUCCAGGUUCUCUGUGACGCUGUGUAGGAUGAGUGAAACAGAACAUGGAUGGAUGGAUACAUAAAACUUUGUUCAGUUAUGUGACUGUUGUGAUCAUCCUUCACUUAAAAAAACCCAGUUAUUUAAGUUUGCUUAAAUGCAUUAAGUAAAAUGGCUUGAUUUUAGGUUUCAUUAUCAACUAAAUAAACCAAGAUAUUUAAAAAAAAAACUAGCUUUAGGCUCGCUGGAUUGGUUUAAGUUAUUAUAUUUUUAUGUCUGUAAGGAUGUUCAUUUCAGGAUCAGGAGAGCAGUUUUCCUGCCCCGGGGCAUGUCUUCUGCCUGGUUAGCCAGCACAUUCAAUUCACCAUGCUCAUAAGAUCUCUAUCUAAUACACUCACUGCUGUACUACAAAAAGCUCUAACGAAUGUAUGCUUCUUCUUUUUUUAAUUAUAUUUUUUAGAUAUUCCAAAAGGUUGCAUAAGACUUGCAAAGUGAAAUGCAUGAGAUUGUGUUGUGAGUAUCUUUCCAUGAAGUGUCUGUAAGUGUUUGUCUUUUUUUUAUAUCAUCAGCUUAACAGGUCUAAAUAAAGGAUCUCUUUUGGUUGAACUGACCCACAUUUAGGUUCCCUGGACUACAGCUGAUUGCGUAUAUCCACAAAUAUUGCCUGCAUGUGUAACGUCUUUGCUUUUGAAC